AUGCGCUCCUCAUCAGCUUUGCUUGUAGGAGCCGUACUUGCUAGCCAAGCAGUGGCGCAGAAUGCAACAUACCAAAGCCCUACUGACUCCAUCUUGAGAUUCGACAAUGGAACUUACGGGCCGUCUAUUGAAGAAGUACACUAUUACUACGACCAAUGGCCGAUUGGGAUCGCAGUCGCUUCCGAUGGUCGCAUCUUUGCGACUUACACUAGAGGAUCCUACGACUACACUCUUGGUGUGGCUGUGAACAAGACUGCCGAGAAGCCGUACCCUUCCGCGGACGUGAACCUCCCAGUCUCGCAGCUCAAUACCACCUGGAACGGGAUCCCUUUCGGUUCGGGCAAUGCGACUGGUCUGAUCUCCGUGCAAGCCAUCUACAUUACAUCCAAAUCUGCCAAACGUCCGGAGACGCUGUGGGCGAUUGAUACAGGUCGUCCAACUGUACACAAUGGACAGGGAGAGCCAUCAAUGCCGUAUGCUCAGCCUGGAGGACCAAAAUUGGUCGCCAUCUCUCUUGCCAACGAUACAAUCUAUCAGACUUUCACGUUUCCUGCAGACGUCCACUUUCCAGACUCUUACCUCAACGAUCUGCGCUUCGACUUCAACCCGAAGUUGUCCGGUACAUCCGGUCAAGGUGUAGCGUAUCUUGUGGACAGCUCCAAUGAAGGUCGUCCUGGUUUCAUCAUGAUUGAUCUUGGCACUGGAGAGUCCUGGCGCCGUCUUACACAAGAUGUUUCCGUUCUACGCGGCGAGAACGACGUACCUUCAUACCAAGGCAAGCCCUUUUACUUUCGGUCCAAAGGAUCGCCCAUCUCGUGGCAAAAAGAAGGGCUUGAUGGACUUCAAAUCUCUCCAGACGGAGAGCGAAUGUACUACUCCCCGUUGACAACGAAUUACCUCUGGACCGUUCCUACCGCCAAUCUUCGGGAGAAAGACACGAAUCCACUCGCGGAGAUUCAAGCCCGUGGAAACGUCUCCAACCAUGGUCAACGUGGUGGAAACGCGAACGGAUUUGAAGGUGACAGUAAUGGGUUGAUCUACCAACUCAUGCCGGAACACAACGCGAUUUACUAUUUUGAUCCAAGUGAUGGGCUGACGAAGCCAUUUGUGAGGGAUCCAAGGAUGAUCUGGCCGGACGGAGCGAGCGUGUCUACUGAUGGGUACAUCUACAUCAACAUCAAUCAGCUGCCUUACCAGGCGGAUUGGAAUGAUGGCGUGGAUAGCAGGACGUAUCCUGGGGCUGUGCUGAGGGCGAAGCUACCAAACGGAGGCAGCAAGAUUACGAGUUUGUUCGAUGUGUGA